UAUGAUUGCAAAAGAGAUUCAUGCCACAAUUGCACUGAAACUCCAAUGAAACAUAUGUGUCUUUCUGACAUGUUUGAUCCCUUUUUUCUGCCUAGGUUUGUCAGAUGAUCUCAGACACAGCCAGACACAAGCUGCUGGUGCUUUCAGGACAAUGCUUUGAAAACACAGGAGCGCUGAUUCUGCAGUCCGGCUCAUUCUCUUUCUUCAACUUCAUAGAUAUAUUCACAGACCAAGAGGUGAGUCAAAUUGAGAAAAUUGUUUGCUAAACAAUUACUAUACAAUUAUAAUUGUAUAGUUUGUAGUACUAUUCUUAAUCUGCUGAAGUUUACUGACCUCACAAUGAGCAAACCUCAUCAAUACAUCAAAUACAAUACAUUUGUCAUCUGUUAUCUGUCAUAAUUUUGUUAGCAAAUAUGUUCUGUUUGAUCUCACAGUCAUGAUUUUUUUCUCAAGUCUCCAAAUCGCUCUCUCUUCCCCAGAUUGGUGAAUUGCUCAUCACUAUUCACCCAGCAAACAAAGCAAGCCUAACCCUCUACUGCCCUGAGCAAGGCGACUGGAAAAACUCAAACCUGGACAAACACAACCUACAAGACUUCAUCAACAUGAAGCUCAACUCACCCCUGAUACUCCCAGAGAUGGAAGGUCUCUCAGAGUUCACAGAAUACCUGUCGGAGUCAGUAGAAAUCCCAUCACCAUUUGACAUGCUGGAGCCACCGACCUCUGGCGGUUUCCUGAAGCUCUCAAAGCCAUGCUGCUACAUUUUCCCCGGCGGCCACGGCGACUCUGCCCUCUUUGCGGUGAACGGGUUCAACAUGCUUAUCAACGGGGGCUCCAACCGUAAGUCCUGCUUCUGGAAGCUAGUGAGACACCUAGACCGGGUAGACUCCAUCCUCCUGACCCACAUCGGGGAUGACAACCUGCCUGGCAUCAACAGCAUGCUCCAGAGGAAGAUGGCUGAGCUGGAGGAAGAGCAGUCCCAGGGAUCCCAAGCUACCGGUGACUGGGUGAAGAACCUCAUAUCCCCAGACAUUGGGGUUGUGUUCUUGAACAUCCCUGAGAAUCUGGGGAACCCUGCUGAACCCAACUUCAGGGUGAGGAGAAACAUUGAAGAGGUGGCACAAACUCUCCAUUACCUGAGCAAGCUGAAUCUGAGGACUGAGCCUCUGCAGAGGCCGGUCGGGAACACUAUCGAACCCAUCAUUCUGUUUCAGAAGAUGGGCGUGGGGAAGCUUGAGAUGUAUGUGCUUAACCCAUCAAAGAACAGCAAGGAGCUGCAGCACUUUAUGAAGCAGUGGACAGGUAGCGAGAAAGACAAAGCCUCUGUUCUUCUGCCCAAUGGAAAAGAAUCAGAGCUCCCAAUCUCUUACAUGACCUCAAUCUCUUCAUUGAUCGUGUGGCACCCAUCAAACCCUUCAGAGAAGAUAGUGCGAGUUCUUUUCCCUGGCAACGCCACUCAGUAUCACAUUCUUGAAGGUUUGGAAAAAUUAAAACACUUGGACUUUUUGAAGCAACCAGUUGUCACUCAGAAUGAGCUAUCUUCGAACUUGGCACCAGCCUUGAAGCAGGCAAAGUUAAAACAUAAAACUGACAGCAAGGAGAGUCUGAAGUCAGUCUCAAGGCCAUCACCAAGCAAAAGUUUCAAGAAGGAAUCAAAGGAGGAGGCUCCAGAGAAGGCAAAGAUAGACGCAGAAUCAGCUCGAGAAAAGACCCACAAAUUUGAGAAAAAAGAGAAACCUUUGUUGAAAAAGGAAAAGGUGAAGGCACCGGAAAAAGAAGUGAAGGCUAAAGCAGAGCCAACUCCUGAAACUCCAGAAAAGAAGAAGCCUGAAAUUAAACCAAAAGCUCUCAAGGAGAAGAUUAUUAAGAAAGAACCCAGGAAGUCUGUAGAAAAGAAAAAUGAUGAAAAGGAGGUAAAGAAAGGAGCGAAGGAAGAUGAGAAGCUAACAUAUAAAAAGGAGGAAACACCCAAAAAGGAACAGAAGGUAAACAAAGAAGAGGUAAAGAAAGACAUUUUAAGGAAAGACAAAGUUUUCAGGAGAGAUUCCCCCAUGAAGGUGAGGAAGGAAGAGAUAAAGGAGCAAAAGAAAGAAGAUCUAAAGAAAGACAUAAAGAAGCCAUCCAAGGAUAUAAAAAAUACUUCAUCUGCUUUAGGUGAAGGGAAAAAACUUGCACCAAAACCAAAACCUCUGAAAAAAGAUGAAACUACAACGAAAGACGUUGGAAGCCCUUUUAAGUCCAAGGGAAAACCAAAAGUCACCAAAAAGGACACCAAGGCCACGGAUGCUAAAUCUGCUGCUACAGGAGCUGCAUCUGUCCCAGCAGGAGUGGUAGCCGCCGCCACUUGUGCUGCGGAGGUCCUUGAGACAGAAAGAGCCAUUAUGUCUUCUCCAGAGGACCUCACCAAGGACUUUGAGGAGCUCAAAGAAGAGGAGAUUGUUCAGGAGGAAGAGCCGGUGGUGGUCCACAGAGAGGACCUUCUGCACUCUAUGGAGUCUCCUGAAGCGGCAGAGUCUCUGGGUGAGGGGAUCACAACGACUGAGCAUGAAGGAGAAAGCAGGGAGACCCCAGAGGAACAGGAGCAUAAAGGGAAGUUGAGUGGCAGCGGCAGUGAGAAGUUUGAAGAUGAGGAAACUGGGCUAGAUUAUGAAGAGAAGGGAGAGACAGAAGAGGUCCAUGAGCCAAUGAGAAGGGAAAUGGACAAGCAUAUACAUGCUGAGGACAGUGAAGACGAGGACUCUGAGAACGUGGGUGCGGAUGCAGACCAAUAUGUAAGAGAUCAUAACAGAAAUGAAAGAGAAGUACAGAAGCUGGGUCUGUCUGUGACACAACCUCCCAAAAUGUCUGAGCCUCUCUCUCCGGCUGCAUCUAUUCAUGAUGAGACCCUUCCAACUGGCUCUGACGACGAAGCAGCCUCAGAUGAUGAGAACCGAGACGAGGCAUACACUGCUACAUCUGGCCACACCCAGUCAACUAUUGAGAUCUCCAGUGUGCCUACUCCAAUGGAUGAAAUGUCCACUCCAAGGGACAUUAUGAGUGACGAGACCACUAACGAUGAGACGGAGGAUUCUCCCUCUCAGGACCUUGCCAGGUUUGGAGGAACCACGUUAGGAGACUUUGAGAGGAAGAGGCUGUCUCCGCUACACGACGACCCAGAGUCAGACCAUUCAAAGUGUGAUGCCACUGAAGGCAGGGACUACCACGUUUCUGCGUCCACAAUAUCUCCACCAUCGUCACUGGAAGAGGACAAAGAGGAAGGGUUCAAGUCAGACAAAUUUGGUCUUGAUUCGGCAAGACUCAGCUCUGCACUCUCCACUACUUCGCCUCUCAUACGCUCCCCUUCAGCUCCCAAAGGAUCCUUUGACUCAUACCCCUCUGGAUUCGCUGCACCAAUUGAAUUGUGCACAACGCUUUCAGGAUCAUCAAAGGCAGCAGCUGGGUCUUCAACCAGCCCAAAUGACAAGACAUUGGAAAUAACCACCUCACCUCAUUCCUCCGGUCACACACCUUACUUUCAGUCUCCCGUGGAUGAGAAGGCUGGCUCUAUACCACCUGCAAAUGACCAUGGUCCUGUAAUCGUAGAGGUUACGGGUGACAAAGAGGAUUCCAUCAGGUUCAGCCCCAUGGAUGACCCAAUUCCUGACCACACCUCACCUGUAGAGAAGGUGCUCUCCCCAAUGAAGAGCCCGCCACCAGUAGGAGGAAAGACACACUUUGAUUUAGAUCAUAUGUUAACAAUGCAAUCAAGUCAAGAUGAGAAGAAAAAUGGAGCUAGCGAUAGUAACUCAUCCACAAACCCCUUCGCAGGUUUCAAAGAGGAGAGUAAAAUGUCGAUCUCAGAGAGAACCACGUCUGAUAAAUCGGGUAUCCCUGUUGAUGAGGCUGUAGCAGAGGACACUUUUUCACACAUCGCCUCGGCUUCCACCACCUCACUGGCCACCAUCGAAUUCCCAGAGCCUACGACAGACGUUUCCCCUGCUCUCCAUGCUGAAGCCGGCUCCCCUCAAUCAACAGAGGUGGAGGACUCCUUGAAUGUCUCUGUGGUUCAGACUCCAACCCCCUUCCAGGAGGCAGAGAUAUCUCCCAAGGGGGACAGCUCCAGGUCCAUGUCAAUCUCUCCAGACAUCUCACCAAAGACUGCCAAAUCAAAAACACCAGUACAGGAGCCCAAAUCCCCGGAACAUUCCACCAUGUCAUUUGGCCAGGAAUCCCCUGACCACUCGUUAGCCCUGGACUUCAGCAAACAGUCUCCAGAGCACCCCUGUGCAGGCAGCUUGCGCGCCACAGAGAAUGGUCCGACAGAGGUGGACUACAGCCCGUCAGAGGACAAUGAUCUGAGACCCGCUGAUCAGUGCCCACCCACAGUGGACAAGCCUAUGCUCUUCAAAGACAGUGACUCAAGUCGCGCCACCUCUGUGUCCCCUUCAGAUGCAUCCCAAUCCAGCCCCUCGACUACUACACCUUGUCAGAUGAGGGAAAUGUCACCAGUCUUAGCCCAGCAGAUGGACAAAUCACCUGCCACCCCAAAAUGUUCUUCCCCCUCUUCAUCCUCCUAUUCUUGCUUCACACAGAAAACAGAGAUGUCUCUGGGAGCAGAAACUAAUCCCUUCAAAUGUGGAGAUUCCAAAUCCCCUGUCAGUCCCAAGGUUCCCUCCCCAUCCUACCUUCCACUCUCUUCAAACCUCUCUGACUAUCAGAAGUGUGCAGGUGGCUCCAGGGACCCAGACUCCUCCAAGAAGACCCCUUCUUCUGGUUCCAAAACAGAUGUUGACCUAUGCUUGGUGACUUCCUGUGAGUACCGCCACCCUAAGACAGAGCUGUCCCCCUCCUUCAUAAACCCCAGUCCCCUGGAGUAUUUCAUGAAUGAGGAGAACCCUCUGGAGGAAGAGAAGCCCCUGGCUAAGUCAGAUGGAGGACCUCCAUCCCCCGGCAAUAAACUACACGCUAAGCAAUGUGAAGAGACUCCUCCAACCUCCAUCAGUGAAUCUGCCCCGUCCCAGACAGAUUCUGACGUUCCCCCUGGGACUGAGGAGUGCCCCUCAAUUACCGCAGAUGCAAACAUAGACUCUGAGGAUGAUUCGGAGACACUUCCCACUGACAGAACCCUGACAUACAGACACGCAGAUCCUCCUCCCGUGGCCCCCAGGGACUCUGCUCCGUCUCCAGCCCACCCAGAUGUCACCAUGGUAGAUCCGGAGGCCAACAUGCCCCCCGCUGAUGACAACAACCAGACCAAGGACAAGGACUCAAAGGCAGAGGGAGCUGAGAAAGCUAAGAAGAAGAAGCUCACCAUGACCAAGUCCUCCUCUCCGGCCAGAAAGACUGGGCCCUCAAAAGUAAAGGAUUCAAAAGUAAUAGCCUCUCCCAAAAAGAGUGCAGGAGAAGGGAAAGAUGCCAAAAAUGCAACCAAUACCUCUGCGUCCAGGGGUGUGAAAAGUGCCACAUCAGGUAAGACCUGGUACUCUUCACUCAUAUUUUCCUACUUGGUCAUGUGUCUAGAUCCUUUGGUUAGUUUUAGCUCUAUUUACCUCGGUAUAGAUUCACAUUUCUUUCAUCCAUGAUGUACAUUGAUUUUCUAACAAAGCCGCAUCUCUGUCUCAGGUUCAGGCAGUGGAAAGGCAGCAGUGGCAAUGCCCGUACCCAACUGCCCUCCUACGUACAUGGACCUGGUUUACAUCCCAAACCACUGCAGCGCCAAGAAUGUGGAUGCAGAGUUCUUCAAAUGGGUCAGGUCCUCCUACUAUGUAGUCAGUGGCAAUGACCAGACGGCCCAGGAGCCCAGCAAAGCUGUCCUGGACUCACUGCUGGAGGGCAAAGCCAUGUGGGGAAACAACAUGCAGGUACAGGGAGACAGUCAAAAUGUAUCAGAAUAACCGUAUUAUAAUCCCAUAGUAUCAGGAAGAGAGGUGCCAUAGAGACAAUAGACAAGACUUAAAAAGUGUACUUUUUUUUUUUGCUUUUUAGAGAGGAACAAAACAAAGCUCAAGAGUUUUAGAAAAAAUAUUAUGCAAACCUCUUUUCCCUGUUGGCAGGUGACCCUGAUCCCAACUCAUGACUCAGAGGUGAUGAGGGAGUGGUACCAGGAGACUCAUGAGAAGCAGCAGGACCUGAACAUCAUGGUGCUGGCCUCCAGCUCCACCGUGGUCAUGCAGGACGAGUCCUUCCCCGCCUGCAAGAUAGAGCUGUGAACCUGAUCCUGGGCCUCGUUCCAUUCCAAAUGAUGCUUCUCUUCUUCCCUUCACUUCUCCCUUCACCGGAGUGUGCGCUCCAUUGACAUUCCAAGAUGCACUUUCUGAGUGAGGGGACUGAUGGAGGGAAGGGGUUGUAAUCAUUUGGAUUGGAACAACCCUCUGGACUCUCCUGAUCAAAGGAUCUAGUAACCAAGAGAUCUAGUGAUCAAGUGGAUCAUGUUGUUAGUGGUAUCUUUGAGAUGGGGUGAGGGAUGUAGACGCAGAGUAAAAACAUAAUGUAAACACGUAAUUUAAACAAAGGUUCUUUGCCAACAUCAAUGAAAAAUGCAUAGCCUACAUUACAGUUAUGUUUGAGUUUGAAAUGACAACCGCAAACAUAAUUGUCCACAAUACUCAAACAAACUAUCUCACACAAGUUAACGUCAGCCUUGUGGAACACUUUGAAUAAGGAAUGAUUUUAUAAUAAUAUCCUGUAUGGAUUAAAUAUAUGACCUAAACCAGUAUGGAGAACAUGAAAAGAGGCUCCCAUCGUAUAAAUUGGUGCUCUUGACGUAGACUGAUUUCUUCAGAAAACUCACUUUCCCAUGAGCACCAAUUAUAUAUGAAUCAAGUAACAUAUAGAUAGAAAAGUCCAUGAGAAUAUACUUGUUCAUACUGGGGACAAAAUAGGUCUGACAUUAAAAUAAAAUAAAUAUAUAGGUUGGGACUACAAAUUUAAAAGUUACAUGGUGACAACAUAGAUAUUGGGUGUGAUAGUUUAAUAGGUCAUUAAGCAAUGUCUCAAGCCACUGAUUACAUCUCUGUCCAUAAAAAUAUUAUAUAAGAUUGAUUUAACCCAGCUGCAUACACCAAAGGAUCAAGGAGAACUCAUUUAAGUUAUUGCCUUAGGAAGUGAAUUGAAUGUAAAAGAUUGAUGCACUGAGGACAAAUAGCAGGUAGCAUAAGUAGGAAUGAUUAGAAAACUUAAAAUAAAAUAAAACAAGAGUCUGUCCCCAACUAUCAGAUAAUCUCUGUAUAGAGCUAGUGUAGUUUGACACUGCACUGACGGAGUAUGAAGAAAUACAUAGAGCAAGUUAAAGUUCAACUGCACUGAAGGGCAGGAUCAUGUUAACUGUCUUAUACCAGUGCGACUAUUUUGAGAACAAUACAAUUCUAGUAAAGAUGUGUCCAUUCGUUUUGAUUCUGUUUGCGCAAAAGAUUGUUGAUUGUUUUGCACAUUAGUUAAUAAUGGGCGGCAUUAUUUUGAAAAUUUAAUUCCAGUGUUUUUAAGAGUUGUUAUUUAUUUUAUUCUUAACUUAUAAAAUGUCUCCUAAAGAUCUUGCAGGAUAAUUGU